CCCCUCACUUCUUUUUAACUCCUAUUAAUUCCCUUCACUUGUUAUGAAAUUCAAGAAUCCAAAAUCUUGAAUUUUUCUUUCUUUCAACUUAUAUAACGCUAUUCUGAAUCAUAAAUCAAUUAAUCGACGUUCUAACAUGAGGACGGGCGGUUAUACUUUCCAACAAUCAUUAACUUGUGAAUCUUCAAGUAUAGUAAAACAAGCUGUGAACUUAGCUAGAAGAAGAGGUCAUGCACAAGUUACUCCUCUUCAUGUAGCAAGUGCUAUGCUUUCAUCUUCCACUGGUCUUCUUAAAAGAGCUUGUCUUCAAUCCCAUACACAUCCACUUCAAUGCAAAGCACUUGAACUUUGUUUCAAUGUUGCACUUAAUAGACUUCCCACUUCUGUUUCAAGUCCAAUUUUAGGUCCUCAUUCACAUCUCCCUUCACUUUCUAAUGCCUUAGUUGCUGCAUUCAAAAGGGCUCAAGCUCAUCAACGUCGUGGAUCGAUAGAGAAUCAACAACAACCAAUCUUAGCCCUCAAAGUAGAGAUAGAACAACUAGUCAUCUCAAUUCUUGAUGAUCCAAGUAUUAGUAGAGUCAUGAGGGAAGCUGGUUUUUCUAGUACACAAGUGAAAAACAAUGUAGAACAAGUUGUUUCUAGUAUGGAGAUUAUUACUAGCACAAAGCCAUUAGUACUAGGAAACAACAACACCAACAUGUCACAAAUAACAUCAUCAUCAACUAGUCAUCAUGUACUAAAUUUGUCACUUAGUAAAACAGGACAACAUCAAGUUACAAAGAAUGAUGAUGUGAUGAGUGUUGUGGAAAGUAUGAUGAAUUCCAAGAAAAGGAGAAACAUUGUUGUUAUUGGUGAGUGUUUAGCAACAGCUGAAGGGGUUAUUAGAGGAGUUAUAGAUAAGUUUAAUAAAGGUGAAGUUCAAGGAGACAUGAAACAUGUGCAAUUCAUAAGUGUCCCACUUUUCACACUUAGAAAUGUUUCAAGAGAAGAGUUUGAGAUCAAACUUAGAGAGCUUAGGACUUUAGUAAAAAACUAUAUGAAUAGAGGGGUUGUUUUGUAUUUAGGUGAUCUUAGGUGGGUAUCUGAGUUUUGGACAAAAUAUGGUGAACAACAAAGGAAUAUUAGUUACUAUUCUCCUGUUGAACACAUGAUAAUGGAGCUUAGUAGAUUGUUGAAUAGUGCAAUGGGAGAAAAUGGAAGGCUAUGGCUUCUUGGAAUUGCAAGUUUUCAAACUUACACAAAGUGUAAAACUGGAUAUCCUUCUUUACAGACCCUUUGGGAUCUUUAUCCACUUACCAUUCCUGUUGGAAGUUUGGGUCUCAGCCUCAAUCUUACAAGUGAUUUGCAUAGUCACUUUAGGAACAAGGCAGCAAUGGAUGGUUCAAGCUGGUCACUUGGUAGAGCUGGAGUUGAGAAGAAUCUAACUUGCUGUGCUGAUUGUUUAGCCAAUUUCAACAAAGAAGCUAAAACCAUUUCAAGCAUACAAGUUAAAACUGAGUCAACAACUUAUUCCAGCUCAAGUUUGCCUUUAUGGCUCCAAAAGUACAAGGAAGAGCACAAACAAAAAAACAAUCAAAAGGAAUCUGAAUUGAUGUUAGAUCUAUGCAAGAAGUGGAAUUCUAUUUGCAGUUCUGUUCAUAAACAACAACAACCUCAUUUUCUUGAGAAAGGCUUAAUUAAUCCACUAUCUUCAUCACCAUCUCCUUGUUCCUCUAAUUCAAUAUCCUCUUCAAAUGACCACAUGAUGAAAAGUUCCACCAAGUUGCAUAAAAGUCUUUUGAAUUGGCCUGUCAUUUUUGAACCAAAUCAAUCACCAAAAGAACAUCAAUUCUUCAUAUCUGAUCCAAAUGAAGUCAUUAGUAGUACAAAGCCAGAGCUUUUAUCCAAUCCUAAUUCAAGUCCAAAUUCUGCUUCUUCAAGUGAAGCAAGUGGAUACAUUGAGAACAUUGAUAGAUUCAAGGAGUUCAAUUCAGAGAACAUGAAAGUCCUUUGUAAGGCAUUGGAGAAAAAAGUUCCAUGGCAAAAAGACAUCAUUCCUGAGAUAGUAAGUACAAUUCUUGAAUGUAGGUCAAAAAAGAAAGAAUCUUGGUUGUUCUUUUUAGGUGGUGAUUCUGAAGGAAAGGAGAAAAUUUCAAGAGAAUUGGCGAAAAUCGCGUUUGGUUCAUCAGAAGAAGAAGAUCAUAGCUUUAUUUCCAUUGGAAUCAGCAGCUUUUCAUCAGCAAAAUCUGAUUCAACUGAUCAUAAUCAAGAAGUGAUUAGUAACAAGAAAAGAUCAAGAAAUGAACAUGGAAGGAGUUAUCUUGAGAGAUUUGCUGAUGCAAUUCAAGAAAAUCCAAGCAGAGUUUUCUUCAUGGAAGAUAUUGAUCAAGUUGAUACCUUUUCACAAAAGGGUAUCAAGAAAUCAAUAGAAACUGGAAGAUUAACACCUUCUGAUAGUGAUUUAGUGUCUUUUAAAGAUGCUAUAAUCAUUUUUACCUCUGAGAGCUUAAGUUCAUCAGUUACAAAGAAAUGUGAUGAUGAUGAUUACAAUCAAGAUUAUUCUAAGGAGAAAAAUCAAGAAAAUAUUGGAGAUGAUGAAAGUAUAUUGGAUUUGAAUGUUGCAACUCAUGAGGAAUUAGCAAAUGGAGAUGAAAAUUUAGUUGGAAUUUGGGAAGCAGUGGACAAACAAGUCAUGUUCAAGAUUCAAGUCUUGUGAUAAACUUAGUAAAAACUCAAGUUGUUAUGACUUUAAUUUUUGUCUUUUUUGUUGUUGUUGUUACUUAAGUUUUAGUGUAAGUUUUUAUUUUCAAUAUGAUGUUAAAAUACUGGGGAGGGGUAAACAUGAGAUUAACUGAAGAAGAAAUAGGUCCCUUAGAUUAAUUAGAUUAAAUGGAGAGUUUGAUAAUGUAGGAUUUUAUGUACAUGUAACACCUCAUUUGAUCUUUUGUAAUACUACUACAUAUUAAUGCUCAA